AUGGCCCACAGGCCAGACAGGGACCCACCGGUCCUCCUCCCCCCUGGGGAGCUCGCUGGCCAGCACCGCACAGGACCCACCGGUCCUCCUCCCCCCUGGGGAGCUCGCUGGCCAGCACCGCACAGGACCCACCGGUCCUCCUCCCCCCUGGGGAGCUCGCUGGCCAGCACCGCACAGGACCCACCGGUCCUCCUCCCCCCUGGGGAGCUCGCUGGCCAGCACCGCACAGGACCCACCGGUCCUCCUCCCCCCUGGGGAGCUCGCUGGCCAGCACCGCACAGGACCCACCGGUCCUCCUCCCCCCUGGGGAGCUCGCUGGCCAGCACCGCACAGGACCCACCGGUCCUCCUCCCCCCUGGGGAGCUCGCUGGCCAGCACCGCACAGGACCCACCGGUCCUCCUCCCCCCUGGGGAGCUCGCUGGCCAGCACCGCACAGGACCCACCGGUCCUCCUCCCCCCUGGGGAGCUCGCUGGCCAGCACCGCACAGGAGCAACCGGUCCUCCUCCCCCCUGGGGAGCUCGCUGGCCAGCACCGCACAGGACCCACCGGUCCUCCUCCCCCCUGGGGAGCUCGCUGGCCAGCACCGCACAGGACCCACCGGUCCUCCUCCCCCCUGGGGAGCUCGCUGGCCAGCACCGCACAGGACCCACCGGUCCUCCUCCCCCCUGGGGAGCUCGCUGGCCAGCACCGCACAGGACCCACCGGUCCUCCUCCCCCCUGGGGAGCUCGCUGGCCAGCACCGCACAGGACCCACCGGUCCUCCUCCCCCCUGGGGAGCUCGCUGGCCAGCACCGCACAGGACCCACCGGUCCUCCUCCCCCCUGGGGAGCUCGCUGGCCAGCACCGCACAGGACCCACCGGUCCUCCUCCCCCCUGGGGAGCUCGCUGGCCAGCACCGCACAGGACCCACCGGUCCUCCUCCCCCCUGGGGAGCUCGCUGGCCAGCACCGCACAGGACCCACCGGUCCUCCUCCCCCCUGGGGAGCUCGCUGGCCAGCACCGCACAGGACCCACCGGUCCUCCUCCCCCCUGGGGAGCUCGCUGGCCAGCACCACACGGGAGCGCAUGGAGUUGUGCCAAAUGUUUGCCGUAG